AAAUUAAUUCAACAAAUUUCGUAAAAAUUGAAUUUUAACAUUUUUUUAACGCUUCGUUGCUCACUGAAGUCUGUCUGACGUAAUAAAUAAGUAAAAUUUUUGAUGCUUACCCGAUUUCGCAGCUGUAAAAUUGUACUAUGGACAGUCAACCCCCUUUCGAUGGAUAUUUGAUCGAUAUUGUCGACAACGAUUGGCGCCUCGACGAGUUGCCAAACGACCAAAUUCAGGUCCCAUCGGAGAAAUUGCCCGAUCCUGAAGCUGAUUCCGCUGAUGCGCAUCUCACCUUAACGGAGCAGGAGCAAAAAUGGAAUGAUCUUGCCUUGUCUUCGGUUAUUCCGGACUUGGCGGUGAACGAUCAAACUGUAAAUUCAUAAAAAAAUUUAAAAAAAUAUAAAAAUUAAAGACUAAAAAAAUAGAAAAAUUAAAAAAAUGAACACAAAUCGAAAUUUACAUUCAACAAAAGUGCUUACAGAAUUCGCGCGUGACUUUGACGAUGAAGAAGACACGGGAAUUCUCUCGCAAUUCGUAAAUAAAAUUAGUAAUAUUGUAAAUACCAAUUAUAAUACCUUGAGUGCGUAUCCAAGUACAUCGACAAAUGUAGGGAGUAACACUGAAAAUGCAAAUCCAGCAGAUUCGGUAGCUUCGCCGACUAAAGAACAGGCAGAAAAUGUGAAAGAAAGCCCAGUGACAAGUAAACAACCUGAGAAACCGGAUGAAUUGCCAUUAGAUGAAAAUGUUGGAAGAACUCCUUUGAACGUCAUUCAACGGAUAAGCAACUUGAUAGCGCAAAAA